AUGAAUAAAAUCAAAAAACGCAAAGAAAACUCUGAUACCAGUAUAAAGAAGAGAAUAUCUUUAACUGGAGCACAAAAAAAAGAAUUAUGUGAAAAAAAACGUAAUAAUCCUAAUUUAAAAGGAGUAAAUUUGGCUAAAGAGUAUGGAAUAAGUGAACAAUCAGUAUCUGAUAUUCUCAAACGCUCUGAGUACUGGUUAGGUCUCAAUGACGCUUCCACUUUAAUCCAAGCUAAACGUCAAAGAAAGCCUGAUAAUCCUGAACUUGAAGAGGCGAUGUCUAUUUGGGCACAAUAUCGGCGUAUUUUUUGUCAAAACCGUCUUGAAGCUUAUGAUGCGAUUACUGAAGACAAUCUGGUUCCUCCUGAUGUUACAUUAUAUGAUGCAAUUAAUUUUGUAGCUCAAGCAUGGAAAAAUGUUACUUCAAGUACAAUUAUUCGUAGCUGGGGUAGAGCUGGUAUACUUCCAUCUAUGGAAAAUUUGGAUGAUACUAUGCAUGAAGAAACUGAAUUGGAAGCCUCUGCAUCUGAAGAAGCCGAAUUGGAAGCAGAGAUUAUUAAUCUUAUUGAAUGUUUACCAAUUGAUGAUCCCUUAGAUGUACAAGAAUAUAUCGAGAUUGAUAAUUAUAUGAACAUCGAAGAAGACUUAACUAUAAAUGAAAUUGUUGAUAUAGUUAACGGACAAGAUGAGAGUGAAUCAGAAAAAGAACAAGAAGAAAUGGUUAAAAUUGGGGAUGCAAUCGUAGGACUUGAUAACUUGAUAAAAUAUGUUCAGCAAAAUGAUCUAGAAAUUACUUCAUCUUUAAUGAAAGAUUUGUGUAGUCUUAAAAAGUAUAUCAGCUAUUUGCGUAAUGAAAGUAAAAGACAGGCUACAUUAGAAGAAUUUAUUAACCUUACGGUUUAG